AGGGUGGAGUUACACAGCACCGCUACACGGAGCGGAUAGGGAGGGGAGCGGACAACAAGUCGACUCUUCUGGCCUUUCUCCUCGUCUCAAACUAAAACUAAAAUCCUCAAAACAAAAGAAAAGGCGUCAAAGAUUCAGAGUGCAUCGGUCCGGCCGCGGGAGGAUUCACGCGCUCAGACAGGAGGUGUGUGAGGCAAACUUCAUCAUCUGACUGGACAGGUGGGCUCCUACUGAAACACCAGUUUACAUCAGGUGUGAGUCAGGUGGAGGUGCAGAGCAGCAAUCAUGGUUGCCCUGUCGUUAAAGAUCGGCGUGGGGAAUGUGGUGAAAACCAUGCAGUUUGAGCCCUCCACCAUGGUGUACGACGCCUGCCGGAUCAUCAGGGAGAGAGUUCCUGAAGCACAGCUCGGCCAGCCCAACGACUACAGCUUGUUUCUGUCUGAUGAAGACCCAAAGAAAGGAAUCUGGCUGGAGGCUGGAAAGGCGCUGGACUACUACAUGUUGAGGAAUGGGGACACUUUGGAGUACAAGAAGAAGCAGAGACCCCUGAAGAUCCGUAUGUUGGACGGCACAGUGAAGACCGUCAUGGUGGACGACUCCAAGAUCGUCAGUGAUAUGCUCAUGACCAUCUGUGCAAGAAUAGGUAUAACAAACUAUGAUGAGUACUCCUUGGUGAGAGACAUUGGUGAGGAGAAGAAGGAGGAAACCACAGGUACUCUGAAAAGAGACAAGACUCUUCUAAGAGAUGACAAAAAGAUGGAGAAGCUGAAGCAGAAGCUCCACACAGACGAUGAAUUGAACUGGCUGGACCACGGGAGGACGCUGAGAGAGCAGGGGGUGGAGGAGACGGAAAUGCUGCUGCUGAGGAGGAAGUUUUUCUACUCAGACCAGAAUGUGGACUCCAGAGACCCUGUCCAGCUGAACCUGCUCUAUGUACAGGCUCGCGACGACAUUCUGAACGGAUCUCAUCCCGUCUCUUUCGACAAGGCCUGCGAGUUUGCAGGUUAUCAGUGUCAGAUCCAGUUCGGCGACCACAACGAGUCCAAACACAAGCCUGGAUUCUUGGAUUUAAAGGAGUUCCUUCCCAAAGAGUACAUCAAAAACAAAGGGGAGAAAAAGAUCUUCCAGGCACAUAAAAACUGCCAGAAUAUGACGGAGAUUGAGGCCAAAGUCAGCUAUGUGAAGCUGGCCAGGUCCCUGAAAACCUACGGAGUGUCAUUCUUCCUGGUGAAGGAGAAAAUGAAGGGGAAGAACAAACUGGUGCCCCGUCUGCUGGGAAUCACCAAGGAGAGCGUGAUGAGGGUGGACGAGAAGACCAAGGAGGUCAUUCAGGAGUGGAACCUGACCAACAUCAAACGCUGGGCUGCAUCACCCAAGAGCUUCACCUUGGACUUUGGAGACUACCAGGACGGUUACUACUCUGUGCAGACCACUGAGGGGGAGCAGAUCGCUCAGCUGAUCGCUGGUUACAUCGACAUCAUUCUUAAAAAGAAAAAGAGCAAAGACCACUUUGGCCUGGCAGGAGAUGAAGAGUCAACCAUGUUGGAAGACUCUGUGUCACCCAAGAAGUCCACUGUUCUGCAGCAGCAGUUCAACAAGGUGGGGAAGGUGGAGACAGGUUCAGUGGCCCUACCGGCCAUCAUGCGCUCAGGAGCCGGGGGACCAGAGAGCUUCCAGAUGGGUUCGAUGCCUCAGGCCAAACAGCACAUCACCAGUGGACAGAUGCACAGAGGACACAUGCCUCCACUGACUUCAGCCCAGCAAGCCCUGACUGGAACCAUCAACUCCAGUAUGCAGGCGGUCCAGGCUGCCCAGGCCUCUCUGGACGACUUCGACACGCUGCCUCCUCUUGGAACAGACGCAGCGUCUCAAGCCUGGCGCAAAAACAAGAUGGAUGAGUCCAAACAUGAGAUCCAUUCCCAAGUAGACGCCAUCACAGCAGGAACAGCUUCCAUGGUCAACCUCACUGCAGGUGACCCUGCAGAGACGGACUACACGGCGGUGGGCUGCGCCGUCACCACCAUCUCCUCCAACCUGACGGAGAUGUCGAAGGGUGUGAAGCUCCUGGCGGCGCUGAUGGAGGAUGAAGGUGGAAACGGGCAGCAGCUGCUGGGAGCUGCCAAGAACCUGGCCUGCGCUGUGUCCGACAUGCUGAAGACGGCUCAGCCCGCCAACACCGAGCCUCGUCAGAACCUGCUGCAGGCUGCAGGAAAUGUGGGUCAGGCCAGCGGAGAGCUGCUGUCGCACAUCGGAGAAUCGGACACUGAUCCACAGUUCCAGGACAUGUUGAUGCAGCUAGCUAAAGCCGUGGCUAACGCUGCCGCCGCUCUUGUGCUCAAAGCCAAGAACGUGGCCCAGAAGACGGAGGACUCGGCCCAGCAGAACCGGGUCAUUGCAGCAGCCACUCAGUGUGCUCUGUCCACGUCUCAGCUGGUGGCCUGCACCAGGGUGGUGGCUCCAACCAUCAGCUCCCCGGUCUGCCAGGAGCAGCUGAUUGAGGCAGGCAAGCUGGUGGCUAAGUCAGUGGAGGGCUGCGUGGAUGCAUCACAGUGUGCCACCAAGGACGAGGGUCUCCUGAAGCAGGUGGGCGUGGCGGCUACGGGCGUCACUCAGGCUCUCAAUGAGCUGCUGCAGCACAUCAAACAGUACGCCAGCGGAGGACAUCCGAUUGGACGGCACGGAGAGGCCACCGACCGCAUCCUGGAUGUGACUGAGAAUAUCUUCAGCUCCAUGGGAGACGCUGGUGAGAUGGUCCGUCAGGCUCGGAUCCUGGCCCAGGCCACCUCUGACCUGGUCAACGCCAUCAAGAUGGAUGCGGAGGGCGAGUCGGACUUGGAGAAUUCACGCAAACUUCUUUCAGCUGCCAAGCUGCUGGCUGAUGCCACCGCCAAGAUGGUGGAGGCUGCAAAGGGUGCAGCCGCUAACCCAGACAGCGAGGAACAGCAGCAGAAGCUGCGUGAGGCGGCUGAAGGCCUCCGCAUGGCAACCAACGCCGCCGCCCAGAAUGCCAUCAAGAAAAGAUUGGUCAACAAGUUAGAGAACGCAGCCAAACAAGCAGCAGCUGCCGCCACUCAGACAAUUGCUGCAGCCCAGCAUGCUGCAUCCUCAAACAGGAACCAGGUCGCCCAGCAGCAGCUGGUCCAGAGCUGCAAGGUGGUGGCAGAGCAGAUCCCUCAGCUGGUCCAGGGAGUUCGAGGCAGCCAGUCUCAGCCGGACAGUCCCUCUGCUCAGCUCGCCCUCAUCAGUGCUAGUCAGAACUUCCUGCAGCCAGGUACCAAGAUGGUUACAGCCGCCAAAGCCACAGUUCCCACCAUCAGUGACCAGGCUUCAGCCAUGCAACUCAGUCAGUGUGCCAAGAACCUGGCCAGCGCCCUGGCAGAGCUCCGAACUGCCUCACAGAAGGCUCAGGAUGCUUGUGGUCAGCUGGAGAUAGACAACGCUCUGACAACGGUCAGAGAUCUGGAGAAGGACAUCCAGGAGGCCAAAGCUUCUGCUGAAGAAGGAAAACUCAGGCCUCUGCCAGGAGAGACGCUGGACAAAUGUUCCCAGGAUCUGGGAACCAGCAGUAAAGCCGUGACCUCAGGAAUCGCCCAGCUGCUGAGUGAAGCCACCCAGGGAAACGAGAACUACAUCGGUAUAUCAGCCAGAGACAUGGCCCAGACCCUGAAGUCUCUCGCUUCCGCGGCCAGAGGAGUCGCCGCCACCACCAACGACCCGGCAGCUCGCAGCGCUGUACUGGACUGUGCCGCUGAUGUCAUGGAUAAGUCAGCCAACCUGAUCGAGGAAACUAAACGGGCCAUCGCUAAGCCAGGAGAUCCAGAGAGUCAGCAGAGACUGGCCCAGGUGGCGAAGGCCGUGUCUCAGGCUAUGAACAGGUGUGUUAACUCCCUUCCUGGCCAGCGGGAUGUGGACAACGCCAUCCGGACGGUGGGCGAAGCCAGCAAGUCUCUGCUGGCUGAUUCUUUCCCAUCCAGUGGGCGGAGCUUCCAGGAGGUUCAGUCGCAGCUCAACGAGGUUGCAGCCGGCCUGAACCAGUCGGCCAACGAGGUGGUUCAAGCUUCUAGGGGGACGGGCCAGGACCUGGCCAGGGCCACCAGCAAGUUUGGACACGACUUCAGCAACUUCCUGGAGGCCGGUGUGGACAUGGCUGGAACGUCACAUUCUAAAGAAGACCAGACUCAGGUGGUGUCCAACCUGAAGACCAUCUCCAUGUCAUCAAGCAAGCUGCUGCUGGCAGCUAAAGCCCUGUCCACUGAUCCCAGCUCCCCCAACCUCAAGAACCAGUUGGCAGCAGCUGCUCGGGCAGUUACAGACAGCAUCAACCAGCUCAUCACCAUGUGUACGCAGCAGGCUCCGGGUCAGAAGGAGUGCGAUAACGCUCUCAGAGAGCUGGAGUCGGUCAAAGGGAUGCUGGAAAACCCAACGGAAGCCGUCAACGAGCUUUCCUUCUUUGAGACCAUCGACAGCGUCAUGGAGAACUCGAAGGUUCUGGGUGAGUCCAUGGCUGGGAUCUCUCAGAAUGCCAAGAACUCCAACCUGCCGGAGUUUGGAGAUUCGGUCAGCGCUGCAUCCAAAGCUCUGUGUGGUCUUACUGAAGCAGCUGCUCAGGGGGCUUAUCUGGUGGGGGUGUCGGAUCCAAACAGCUCCGCGGGUCAGAAGGGUCUGGUGGACCCGACUCAGUUCGCCCGUGCUAAUCAGUCCAUUCAGAUGGCCUGCCAGAACCUGGUGGACCCCGCCUGCACCCAGUCUCAGGUGCUUUCUGCAGCGACCAUCGUGGCCAAGCACACCUCUGCUCUGUGUAACGCCUGCCGUCUGGCCUCCUCCCAGACCCCCAACCCCGUCGCCAAGAGGCAGUUCGUCCAGUCAGCCAAGGAAGUGGCCAACACCACCGCCAACCUGGUCAAGUCCAUCAAGGCUUUAGACGGAGCCUUCAAUGAGGAGAACAGGAAGAAGUGCAGAGCGGCCACCGGUCCUCUGAUAGAAGCCGUGGACAACCUGACCGCCUUCGCCUCCAACCCCGAGUUCGCCAGCAUUCCUGCUCAGAUCAGUCCGGAGGGUCAUGCAGCCAUGGAGCCCAUCCUGGCAGCAGCGAAGAUGAUGCUGGAAAGCUCCACCGGCCUGAUUCAGACCGCCCGGUCUCUGGCCGUCAAUCCCAAAGACCCUCCCAAGUGGUCGGUGCUGGCUGGACACUCUAGGACCGUCUCUGACUCCAUCAAGAAGCUCAUCACAAACAUGAGAGAUAAAGCUCCGGGUCAGAGAGAAUGCGAUGAUGCUAUUGAGGUGUUGAACAACUGCAUCCGUGAAGUUGAUCAGGCUUCACUCGCUGCCAUAAGCCAGCACCUAACACCCAGAGAGGACAUCUCCAUGGAGACUCUUCAUGAGCAAAUGGCUGCCUCCGUUCACGAGAUCAGCAACCUGAUUGAUCCGGUCGCUGUGGCCGCUCGAUCUGAGGCCUCCCAGCUUGGACACAAGGUGUCUCAGAUGGCCAGCUACUUUGAGCCCCUGAUCAUGGCAGCAAUUGGUACAGCAUCCAAGAUCCUCAGCAGCCAACAGCAGAUGGCUGUCUUAGACCAGACCAAGACCCUGGCAGAGUCGGCCCUGCAGAUGCUCUACACGGCAAAGGAGGCCGGAGGAAACCCCAAGGCGGCGCACAUGCAGGAUGCUCUGGAGGAGUCGGUGCAGAUGAUGAAGGAAGCGGUGGAUGACCUGGGCGCCACGCUGGCUGAGGCUGCCGGUGCAGCAGGUGCUGUGGGCGGCAUGGUGGGCUCCAUCAAUGAUGCCAUCAAUAAGAUGGAGGAUGCACCCACAAUGGAACCAGAAGGAACCUUCGUGGACUACCAGACCACCAUGGUGAAGACGGCCAAGGCCAUCGCUGUCACUGUGCAGGAGAUGGUGACCAAGUCUAACACCAACCCAGACGACCUGGGAGGACUGGCCAACCAGCUGACCAGUAACUUUGGAAAUCUGGCAGAUGAGGCCAAAUAUGCAGCUCUAACAGCAGAGAACAACGAAAUUGGUUCUCACAUUAAGAAGCAGGUGGGAGAGCUGGGCUUCACCUGCACAGGUUUGGUGACUAAAGCUGGAGCUCUGCAGUGCAGCCCCAACGACUCCUUCACCAAGAAAGAGCUGAUCGAAAGUGCCCGCAAAGUCUCAGAGAAGGUCUCCCAUGUGCUGGCGUCCCUUCAGGCUGGUAACCGCGGCACACAGGCCUGCAUCACCGCCGCCAGCGCUGUGUCAGGGAUUAUCGCAGAUCUCGACACCACAAUCAUGUUUGCUACUGCUGGUACUCUAAACCGAGAGAACGCCGAGACCUUCGCUGACCACAGAGAAUGCAUUCUGAAAACAGCCAAAGCUUUAGUGGAGGACACCAAGUUACUGGUUUCUGGUGCCGGAGCCAGUCAGGAGAAACUUGCUCAAGCUGCCCAGUCAUCCGUCUCCACCAUUACCAGACUGGCAGAUGUGGUCAAACUGGGAGCUGCCAGUCUGGGAUCUGAAGACCCAGAGACUCAGGUGGUCCUGAUCAAUGCGGUGAAGGAUGUGGCUAAAGCUCUGGGUAACCUCAUCAGCGCCACCAAGGCAGCAGCAGGAAAACCUCACGAUGAUCCCAGCAUGCUCCGGAUGAACUCUGCUAAGGUGAUGGUGACCAACGUGACAUCGCUGCUGAAGACGGUGAAGGCGGUGGAGGACGAAGCCACGAAGGGAACCAGAGCUUUGGAGGCGACCAUCGAACACAUCAAGCAGGAGCUGACGGUGUUCUGCAGCUCUGACCCGCCACCUAAGACAGCCACGCCGGAGGAGUUCAUCCGUAUGACUAAAGGAAUCACUCUGGCUACAGCCAAAGCAGUGGCUGCUGGGAACUCGUGUCGUCAGGAGGACAUCAUCGCCACCGCCAACCUCAGCAGACGGGCCAUGGCUGACAUGCUGCACUCCUGCAAGCAAGCUGCCUACCACCCUGAGGUCAGCAUGGAGGUCCAGAUGAGAGCUUUGCGCUAUGGAAAGGAAUGUGCGUCUGGAUAUCUGGGACUGCUGGAACAUGUGCUGGUGAUCAUACAGAAGCCUUCUCCUGAUCUGAAGCAGCAGCUGGCCGGCUGCUCCAAACGGGUGGCGGGGAGCGUCACGGAGCUCAUCCAGGCCGCUGAAGCCAUGAAAGGAACAGAGUGGGUGGACCCGGAGGAUCCUACUGUCAUCGCGGAGAACGAACUGCUGGGAGCGGCAGCAGCCAUUGAAGCAGCUGCCAAGAAACUGGAGCAGCUGAGGCCGAGGACCAAACCCAAGGAAGCAGAUGAGAGCCUAAACUUUGAGGAGCAGAUUCUGGAGGCAGCCAAGUCCAUCGCAGCUGCCACAAGUUGCUCUGUUAAAGCUGCUUCAGCAGCGCAGAGGGAGCUCGUAGCUCAGGGGAAGGUAUGUGGAGCGAUCCCAGCCAAUGGUGAUGAUGGGCAGUGGUCUCAGGGCCUGAUUUCUGCUGCUCGGAUGGUUGCCGCAGCAACCAACAAUCUGUGUGAGGCAGCCAACUCGGCGGUCCAGGGACAUGCCAGCGAGGAGAAGCUCAUCUCCUCAGCCAAGCAGGUGGCGGCCUCCACUGCUCAGCUGCUGGUGGCCUGCAAGGUCAAGGCUGACCAGGACUCCCAGACCAUGAAGAGGCUGCAGGCUGCUGGGAAUGCUGUGAAGAGAGCGUCUGAUAACCUGGUGAAGGCUGCACAGAAAGCUGCCUUUGAUGACCAGGAUGACCACACCGUGGUGGUGAAGAGUAAGAUGGUGGGAGGGAUCGCGCAGAUCAUCGCCGCUCAGGAGGAGAUGCUGCGGAAAGAACGGGAGCUGGAUGAGGCCAGGAAGAAGCUGGCCAUGAUCCGCCACAGCAGUACAAGUUUCCUGCCGUCGGAGCUGCGAGAGGAGCAGUGAGAAGCAGCACCAACGUUCAACGCUCAGGACCUGCCACAGCUAAAGCUUCACUUGUCUCACUCCAGCUGAUGUCCUCCAGACUCGCCCCGAGUGAGCGCCGGCGAACAGAGGUUCAGCUAAAACUGCUUAUUAAGUUAUCUGUGCUUAUAAUGAUAUAUGUUCACAUACUUUUAAUAUUUCCAGGUUGUGUGUACUGCUUCAGAGAGUCCGAACAAUGAAAAGGUGGACUGUUACAUUUCAGAGCUACAAAGACGAAAUAUGAAUGCGAUCUAAUAUUAUCCUCCACUUCCAGUUAGAAAUCAAUCUAUGCAAGUUUUCUAGUGUCUUUAUUUUCUUGUCUGAAUACAUUUCCAGAGAGCUUCUUCUGCGUGAGCCGGGUGGUUAUGGCUCAUUACAGUCAUAAUAUUCACUAUAUUAAUGAUCAUACUGUAAAGUUGAUAUACGAAAAUAGAUGAAAAGAAAAUUUGUUGGAAAAAUGUCAGUAGUUUUUUUUUUUUGAAGAAUGCGUUAUAUGAUAUCUAUGAAAAGUAUUUUCCUCUGUGUUAGUCUUCAGUUGUGGGUCUGUGUGAUGAUUAUCAAGCCAUAUAUUUAAUGUGUAAACGUCAGUGUGAGUGUAUUUGGCUCCUCUGUGUUGCGUUCAUGGACCACUCAGAUUAAAUGGGCCCAACAUGAGCUGCAAUCAAAGUGCCUUCAUCAUGAAUUUCUAGAUUUCGUUGUUGAAGUGCAAUAACUUCAUCACUCCGCUCAGCAACAAGGAGAAGUGACUGGUGACCAGUUGGACCACCUGAUGGACACUGUAAUGCAGAUUUCUAUCCAAUAAAACCAGUUUUCAUUCUAA